AUGCGCGCUUCCGCCAUCCUCGGCCUCCUCUCUCUGGUCACCGCCGUACCAACCUCCCUCUCCGGAGCCGACCAAACCGAUGAGUCUCUCGUGAUCCGCGGCGUCGAUUCUAACUCCGUCGCCGUCGACGCCCGCGCCCCAGCCGACGACGUCGCCUCCUCCGUCCUCACCACGUCCUGGCCCGCCACGGCCGUCGACCUCGCCACCAUCAGCUUCCAGGUCGCGGUCAACAACCUGAACAACGGCCGUUACCGGUUCAACUGGUAUAACACCGACGCCGCCAACUCGAGGCGCAAGAUCAAGCUCACGGUCAACUCGGGCAGCGGCGCCCGCCUGUACGACAUCGUCACGGCGCCGCAGACGAGGGGCAGUGUCGAAAUCGCCAGGGCCACCGACAGCUUCCGUGUGAUUUUUGAUGAACAGUAG